AUGCCCGACGAGGUCGAGGAUGGACACGACUACGACGGCGGCGGCGUCCGCACCAGCGACCAAGCCGCGCCCGCCCAGGGGCCCCGCGCGAAGGCGGAGCAGCAGCAAGGCUUCCGUGCCCUGCCGCCGCGGCCGCGCCCUGCGCUCAGGCUGGCGGCGGCGCUGCUUUGCUGGGGAUGGCAUGGCAGGCGCGCUGGCGAGAACCAGCAGCUGGCGGUGGAGCUGCUGAAAAGGCCGAGUGGCAGUGCGCUUGCGGCACUUCCAACUUCGAAGACCGCCUCGCGUGCCGCCGGUGCGCGGCCCCUCGCGCCGGGGCUGCUGCUGCACUCCCCCCUCAAGCGGCCGCCCGCGGAGCCGCCGAGGGGUGGCCAGCCCUCCUUGGAGGCCGGCCACAGCGGCCUGGGGCCCAGGCCGGCGCCUUCCGCCAGGCUGCGGCCGCCGCGCGCAAGGCAGGCGCACCGCAGGAAGCGGUGGAACCACUGCAGCGGCAGGAAGCAGCCGCCCGCGAGCGCCAGGCGCAGCAGCGCGCCGGCAACCGCCUGGAGGGCCUCCGGGCUGCGGCGCGGAAAGCAGCAGCCGCGGCGACUGCGGCAGAAGACGCGCUGGCGGCUGCGACGCGCGGCGGAAGCACGCGCCGCGGCGGCAGCUGCCGAGGCAGCCGCUCAGGAGGAGGAGGCUGCCCAACGAGCGGCGCAAGCACGGGCGGCGGCUGCGCCCAGGGGCGCCGCGGAACCGCCGGCCCUGGCCCAGGCCACGCGCGAACUGCUGGAACGCCUGGAAACAGGGGCCAGGGCCUGGGGCGCGGAGCCGCCAGAGCCGCUGCUGGCGGCCAUGGCCGCGGCCCACGCAGCGCUCGAGGCCGCGGCAGAGCAGGCCGCGCCGCCCAACCUGGGCGCGGAGCUUGGCAGCGCCCGGGGCGCAGGCAGCUGGGCGGACGACCUGGGCGCAGAAGAGCAGCUCCGCGCAGAAGAGGGCGCCCUGCUGGAGGAACUCGACCAGCCGCAGCCGCAGCCACUGAGGCGGCUCUGCGGCUACGCCGGCGUGCGGGUCGGCGAGGUCGAGACGGCCGCGGAGACGACGCUGGGGCGCCUGGGGCUGGAGCUGCAGCAGCGGAAGACGCAGGCCACGGAGGCCGGCGCGCGGGGGGCCGCUGGCGCCGAGGCGGCGCGGCCCCGCAAGCGCAUGUGGCAGGACUGCCGCCCGGCUCGGAGAGUGCGCUCGCGCGCCGUGCUCUGGCAGUGUGGCAGUGAGCAGCAGCUUGCCCAGCCGGGCGGCGCGCCGGUGCUGGCCGAAUUCGCCCCCCCGCCGGCCGCGAUCGUGCACAGUCCUCGGCGGCACGCCGCGGGGGGCAGGCGAGAGGGGGCUCCCCAGGAGAGGGGGUGGGCCCUCGCGGAGGGCUGCGCGAGGCUUCCCGGGAGCCUGGCGGGGUUCUUGGGAGAAGCCGUCGCCGCGGCCUCGGAGAGGGCUCAGGAAGUCUCCACCCCAGCGAGCUUUGUCUCCGUGAAGGCCGGCGCCGCCGAGGGGUCGCCGCUGCUGCUCUCGCGGGAGCACUUGGUCUUCGCGGCGAGCUCCGCGGACGCCCCCCUCGCCGCUCUGCCGGCGGCCGCCCUCGCCCAGGGGCAGUGGAUCCUGCGCGUGGACCCGCUGUGCGGCAGCUUCCGGCGCGUGCAGGUGUCGGAGGUGGCCGAGGUGUCCGACAAGGGCUGGUACGCGCCGCUGACGCAGUGCGGCACCGUGGUCGUCGAGGGCGCGCUGUGCAGUUGCUACGCCGACGCGCUCCCGGCCACGCUCCCCGGAUGGUUCCGCCGCUUCGCCACCACGCACCAGGCCAUGCACCAGGCCGUCCUGCCCCUCCGGCUGGCGGCGCUCUUCGCCGCCGCGCCGCAGAAGGGUGCCGAGGCGCUCGAAGGACGGAUCCACCCGUACUGCCGUGCGCUGAUGGCAUUGCCCAUGGCGAUUGCGUGAGGUCCGCGCGCGCAGUCCGCCGCGAUGCGCGCCCCGAUUGCUCGUCAGCCGCCGAGUGCCCACGGUUUGCUCGGCCGUCUGUCUGGCCCCCCGCCCCCCACUGCGGGGUGUAGCCGCUACGGCCCGAUCUUGCCGGCAUCAUUGUCCCCUUUUGCCUCGUAAUGCGUUUACCACCGAGGUCGGCUUGACCGAGAGCGCCCCUUCCCACGCUCGUGACCGAGGGAUGCGCCACACCCGCGAGGCGAUCAGCGCGCGCUCGACGCGUGACGGAGGACAGCGCAGUUCAUCGUGAA